AUGCAGCUCACCACCCUCCUCCCCGCGAUCCUUCUCCUAUCAUUCCCCGUGACUACUCUGGCUCAAUCAUGCAAAGGCUCCGGGACACUCUCUUGCUGCCAGUAUGAGGAGCCGUUGGGAGAUGCUGGCGGCCAACGCAGUAGCUCUGGUCCUGCAGAGGCCCUCACCGAUGACAUGGUGGUCACAAACCUCCUAAGCUGUGAAGAGGUAGCGUCCGCUGCAGACUGCCCAGAUAAGGAGGGGUAUGAUACAUUCUGCUGUGCGGAUCCUUCGGCAAGCACCAAUGAUCUCCUCUGCGUCCCGGAAUCGUACUCGUACUAGGUAAGCAGCAACGCUGGUGGAGUUUGGGAUAGAAAUCCUUAAGCAAGGUAGAAGGGGUGAAGAGAGGCAAGCGCUGAG